CAUCAACGCUACCUAGGUAGGUACCUUGCCUACCUCCAAACACCGAAAGUUCAGCCCAGCCCGCCUCCCCGAAAUGGGCCUUACCACCCUCCUGCGCGGCUUCAAAGUGCCCAUCGUCGUCCUCGACCGCUUCCUCGCCGCCCACGGCAUCCAGGAAACGGAGCAUCUCCCUCCCCACCUCUUCCGGGGCCUGGGCGGCAUGUCCGCCGCCACCCAGCAAGUCGACCCCCAAUCCGCCUUUUUCCGUGCCCGGCUCGCCGCCUCUAACCCGGAUCCGACGUCCCUAGACUCAGUGCGCCUCUUCGUCCCGCACCGCCGCGGCCAGGACCCCUCCGCCUACGGCUACGUCGCCUACACCUUCGUCAUGGUCUUUGGGCAGCGGCACGUCGACCUCGCCGUGGAACUCCCAGAGCAGGCCCCUCCCGGCUUUGCCGCGCUGCGGCGGGAGAUGCUGGGGUUUGCCGCCGAGGACGAGCAGGUCUUGCUCCAGGCUGCUGGUAUGCAAGAUCCGCGGGCGGAGAGCAAGUUUUUUGUGGUGAUUACCGACAGUCGCGAACUUCCGCUAGAGCGGCCGUUUGUAAGGGAGUCGGACCUCCGUUGCCAGCAGUGCGCAGACGGGUUCGAGACCUUGCCUGCGCUGCAUCUCCACAAGUCCGAGCUGCAUGGGGUGGACAUUAUGUCGAACCCAUUUCUGGAUGACCUUUGAGUCUGGCCCGUUGUUGCGGUUGGGUUUCUGGUGCGCUGUCAAGCAACGUUAGCCAAGUGUAUGGCACGGUAUCUCUAAUGGUGUGAAAAUG